AGAUUUGAUUUUUGUCUAAGACUAGAGUCCCAACUGGGCGGAUUGUUCUAGAAUUGCCUGUUGGAAUGUUGGAUGAUGACCAAGGUGAUUUUGUUGGCACGGUAGUUUGUGAGGAGUCAAGGGCAAAUUUCUUAUUGCCAUCUCCAAUAACUUCAUCAAAUGAACUUGUCAUCGUGUGGGACCCAGAACUGGGCAGGAUAAAUACCUCUGAACACAAGCAACUAAAGUUGGCUAGGAGUUUAACUCGUGGUAUUAUUGACAGGGAUCUUAAGCCAAGCUCUAAUGAACGGAAGAUAAUCCAAAGAAUUUUAAAAUAUCCACCAACAAGGGCUUUGAGUGGAGAUGAAAGACAGCUGCUUUGGAAAUUUUGCUUCUCAUUGAUGUCUGAUAAGAGGGCACUAACAAACUUUCUAAGAUGUGUUGAAUGGAGUGAUGUUCAGGAAGCAAAGCAGGCAAUCAAACUAAUGGUAUGCUGUCACAGUGAUCUAGGCUGCUGUAUUGUAGCCUUAUCACUCACUAGGCUUAAUGGCAUAGAGAAGCUUAUAUUUUUAAAGGAGAACAAUGUUGGCACUCUUAUGGCUCCAUCUGGAAUUCAUACUAAUGCUUCUCAACCUUUUAAUAGAUCAGCUUUAUAUGAUAUUUCAAAUUAUAAGUGAAUAAAUGUGUGAAAAAUUUUAUAUCAUUAUUAAAAUUUAGAUUGGUUUUCAUAUGUUUUACAUCAUUUUUAUCUUCAUCUUUAUGUUUUGUUUUAUGUUAAUCUCCAACUUAUUUGCUUAAUCCUUUUGAGCAUAGUGUCAAGAGAAAGAAAAACUGUGAUGAUGUUGUUUUCCCUGUCAUUGACUCUAGCCAAGGACAGAAGUUAAGGAAGGAAAGUUUUGAUUUUUUUAGAGCUUGUGCAACGAAAUCAUUAGUCUCUUCUUCUAUAACGUUACUUAGAUAUUAGGGACCCUAUAUACAAAUCCAAGUAUUGUGGUGCAUUAAUGUGGUAUGAUGAGCGAACUAAGAAAGAUCGCUACCCAAUCAAUCCAGAAUUCACUUUGUGUUGUAUGAAUGGCAAGGUUCAAUUGCCUUUUCUCAAGCCUGCUCCUGAUUUACUCACCCAUUUACACAAAGCCGAAUUUCCUAUGCAAUCUUAGGGUGUAUAAUAUGAUGUUUGCAUUUACAUCUUUUGGAGGUAAAGUUGAUCCGUUGAUCAAUCAAGGUUCAAAUCCUCCUAUUUUCAGACUUGGGAGUCAAAUCAUCAUUAUGUGGGCAGUCUUCUCCUUGUUCCAAAUGAGAGUCCUAAAUUUGCCCAACUUUACAUCUUUG